CCAAUAUGCCAUCCACUGUGCAAACACCAUGUGCGGCAUUUAUCAGUUCAUGAACAUUACAGUAUGAAAAUCCUCAGAGAUAAUGAUGUCACAAUACCCAAAGGUUAUGUUGCUAAUUCAGCCGAAGAUGCCUUACGAGUCAGUAAAAAAUUAGUUGAAGAAGGAGCAGAAGACCUCGUUAUUAAAGCACAAGUAUUGGCUGGUGGAAGAGGUAAAGGAACAUUUGAUAAUGGUUUCAAAGGUGGUGUUAAAAUUGCUUUCACACCAGAGGAAAUACAAUCAUUUGCUUCAAAAAUGAUUGGAAACAAAUUAAUCACCAAACAGACUGGUAAAAAUGGCAGAAUUUGUAAUGAGGUUUACAUUUGUGAAAGACUUUACUCAAGAAGAGAAACAUAUUUCGCUAUUACAAUGGACAGAACACACAGUGGUCCUGUGAUCAUUGCCAGCUCACAAGGUGGAGUCAACAUUGAGGAAGUAGCUCGAGAUCACCCUGAGGCUAUUGUUACUCAUCCGAUUGACGUAACACAAGGUUUAUCAAAAGAAGAUGCCUUGAUGAUUGCUGAAAAAGUAGGUUUCUCAACAAAGAGUCAGGAACAUGCUGCUGAUAGCUUUAUGAAACUUUAUGAUGUGUUCAUAAGUCGUGAUGCCACUAUGAUUGAAAUCAACCCAAUGACAGAGGAUAGCCAAGGCAAAGUGUACUGUAUGGAUGCCAAGUUUAAUUUUGAUGACAAUGCAGCAUUUAGACAAAAAGAAGUUUUUAGUUUUAGAGAUUGGUCACAAGAAGAUGAAAGGGAGGUUGAAGCAUCCAAAUUCAAUCUCAAUUACAUUCAGUUGGAUGGAGAUAUUGGCUGCCUUGUGAACGGUGCUGGUUUAGCCAUGGCUACUAUGGAUAUUAUAAAACUACAUGGUGGUGAGCCAGCUAACUUCUUAGAUGUCGGUGGUGGUGCUACAGCUGAACAAGUUAAAGAAGCAUUCCACCUUAUCACAUCUGAUCCUAAAGUUGCAGCAAUUAUGGUAAAUAUAUUUGGUGGUAUUAUGAGGUGUGACAUCAUAGCACAGGGCAUCAUAGCUGCUGCAGAGGAAUUAAACCUAAAUGUGCCGUUAGUUAUCAGAUUGCAAGGUACCCAAGUCGAUGAUGCAAGAGCCCUGAUAGCUUCCAGUAAACUACGUAUAUUAGCCUGUUCUGAGCUUGAUGAAGCAGCUAAAAUGGCUGUUCGGUUGUCAAAAAUUGUGAACUUGGCGAAAGAAGCAUCUGUAGAAGUCAAAUUUAAAUUACCUCUUCUGUAAAAUACAAGACAAUUCGAUCUUAAUUUAUUUUAUUUAUUUUUGUGUGUACAUGUACCUAGUACUAGUAGGAAUACAGCACUUUGGCGCAUUUGAGUUUAUCUACACAUUUACACGUAACAUACUAAAAGUACUCCAAAAUAAUGUUUGUUUUUUUUGCCAAGUUAUUAUUUUAAAUAAAUAUCAGUGUUUACAGUU